GUAUAAUAUGCAGGAAUAUAUUGGAUUGGAUUCAAUCUAUUGUCAUUGCACAGAGUACAGAUACACAGGCAACAAAAUGUAUUCUCGGCAUUGAACCCAUCCUUAGUUAUUAAGGGAGCAACUGGGGGUUCAGUGCCUUGCUCAUGGACACUUCGACUUGCAACUAAUGGGGAGAGCGGGGAUCGAGCCGACGACCCCCCUAUUAUAUUAUUACCCCACUGAGCUACAGCCUGAAGGCAAACGUCUGAUGUGCAACUUGUUCCGUGUACUUUUUGUUUACAUCCUCUGCUCCAAUCAGCGUUGGGUCUUAGCGCAUGCGCGCUAUGGUUUCUCCCCUUUGAAAUUUCAAAUUGUCCAAUCGGAGAAGAGGAGGCGUUCCCGCCAGGCAGUUUCAAAACCGGAUGCGCGAGCAUCAGUUGUUAACUGACUUACUUUACCGUGUCCUGAAGCACCGCGACGAGGAACAAACCGCUCGACCAGGAGCAGAAGCGGAAGUCUGAGAGUCAUGGAGGAGGAGGAAGAAGAAGAGGCCGUACCCAUACUCUCCAGAAAAGAGCUGCGUAAACUGAAGUUUAUCGAAUACUUGGCUGGAAAAGGAAAGCUGAAGCCACCCAACCCAAAACCGUACCUGCGUGACAACGCUCCGGUUAAGAAACACGUGACUACUUCACUACAGGGAAAAGAGAACACGGCUCCAGCGGACCGGAUCACACGCGGAGGCUCCAACACUUUGGUGGCUCAACCCAUGAAACACGCUGCCAGGAAAACAUUCGGUGACUCAAACAAAGUGAGCGUCAAAGCCAGCAUCCUGAUCGGACGGCAGAAUGCCGUUCGCCCGCUUGCAGCCGGCGCUCCGGCCCGGCCGAGACCGACUCAUCAGACCCCGGCGCUGACCGGCAGGUCCACGGCUCCGUCCGUCAGACGCAACCCGACUGCGGCGGUACAGCUCAAGAAGCGGCCCGAUGCGGGAAUGCCGCCUUCCGGCAGAUCCCACUCGAGUGCGUCUUGUCCGGCGGUAACCAAACCAAGUGGCGGGUUCGGUGCCGGGUCGCGUCCGCCGACGGCGGUCAGCGUCCGGAUGAGUCUCGGCCCGAUGGUCAAAACUAAAACGGGACUGACUCCCGCGGUGACUAAGCCCAGGAGCGUUCGGAGUCAACACCUGAAGCCGACCUCGGCUACCGUGGCAAAAACGACGCAAUCCAGCAGUUUGCCGCCGGUUUCUGUUUCCCGGAAGCCCGGCGCGACGCAGAGGAAACCGUUACCCGCCACGGCUCUAAACCACCGGGAGAGGCCGAGAGCUGGGAUGAAAGUUACACACCAGUCGACCUCCAAACCCCUCGUGAGUAGAAAUCCUCAGCCGUCUUCGAAGAUUCCUUCAUCGAGUGGACCGAGAGCCACGACGGCGCCGUUCAAGCCGCCCGGUCAGCCCGCAGGCCGGUUCCCAAAGCAGAGAUCUAAAGGCGCCGGGCAGAACAAGAGCCAAGCGUGCAAAGCCGACCCCCGAGCACCUUCUGGGCGGCGAGCGGUGCGGGUCCCGUGCUCCGGGACGUCCCACACGGCGCCGCGGCCCGGCGGAGCCAUCAGCCGUACGGGUCGGCCCGCGGAUGCCAAAACGCUGAAGGUCCCCGCGACAGAGGGGAAGAAAGUGACUGCUGCCCAGGAGGAGAGGAUGAGAAAGCUCCAGGCAUGGCGGGAGGCCAAAGGCAUUUCCUACAAGCGGCCCCCGAUGCCGGCGACACCUCAGGUCCGGCGUGCCGUGGCGGCGGUGCAGCCUUUCUGGGGUGCCAUGAGUGAGGAAGACGAUGCCCAGUCCCUCAUCAGCGCCGUGGACCGAUCCCUGGCGGACUGCAUCAAACUGCUUGGAGAGGGUUGCCCUCCAGGCCCGGUGAGGGAGGUUCUCUCUCGGCUGCCGCCGGUGUCCCAGAAGUUCUCCAAGUACUGGAUCUGCCGGGCCCGCCUGCUGGAGCUCGAGGGCCAUCUGGACGUGCUGCCCAUGUUCCAAGAGGCCGUCAGGGUCGUGUUGGAGCCGGUAGACGAGCUGCGUGCCGUGGUCUUUGAGAUCCUGAAGAAAAGAGAUGACCUCCGAGCGUCGGCAGAUAAGGAGGAGGAGCAGGAGCAAAGUCCGACGUGCGAACGCACCCCAGGGAGCGUCGACAACCUGAUGGCGACCCCCAAACCGGUCCGAGGUCUCAUCUGCGGAGAGCAAGGAGACUCGUCCGUCGUCAAGUACAAAAUCACGGCGACCCCUGGCGGCGCCGCGAGGCAGCAGGCGGAGCCGGCGCGGCUCAACGGCCAGGAGGUGCGCUUCUUCACUCCGGUCAGACGCUCUGUGCGAAUCGAGCGCUCCUCCCUCCGGUACCCGGCGUCGCUGCAGGACCACGACCUCUGCGUGUCCUCCUACGGCGACCUGAUCCACAAGGAGGAGGAGGAGGGCGGCGGCGAGCGGGAGGGCGGGGCAUCGAGCCUGGUGUACGUCUACCGGCAGAACGACGCGCUGGAGGACAAAGUAUUCGUCCGGCUGGUUUACGCCGACGCCAACUGAGAAGUGAACGGGUGCAAAAGAAGACGUUGUCUCCCGGUAAAAAGAGAAGAAGAGACCAUGUUGUUUAGUGUCAUCAUUCUUGUCUCUGAUGAUGUUGUACAUAGUAUUAUGAAAUAAAUGUAGUUUUUUUUUAAAAUACCUUUUUUUUAAACCUUGUUCUUUAUCUGGCGUAUGGAAGCUGAGUACGUGAUGUCGUGACCUUUUAGUUUGAAAAGAUUUUUCGACACGCCGAUAAAUGAUCAGUAGUUAAUUUAAUCUGAAAGCGAAGCAUCGAUUCAUCCAAUCUAUCUGGUCUUUUAUUUUUAAAUAAGUAUUCUUCGAUCUAAAGGAGCCACGAGGCUGACCAAUAUUCCCUGGAAUCCUGCAUGUACAUUCAUUGCCUUAAAGGGGCGGCGCACCAUAAAAUCACAAAAAGCACAUCUCCUACCUCCGACCCCGUAGGGAACAAAUCUAUCUGGAUUGUUCUCUCUUCAAAGUGCCAGAACAAAACAUUUAAAAAACUCUAAUCAUGACCCCGGUCAUUUAAGAUGAUCCACAGACUUUGCGAGCAUUUAUUUUUAUUUUAAGGAUUCAAAAUAACCUGUAUUUGUGUUUAAUGUCAUGUGAGUAACAUAAGCCCUAAAAUAAACUAAAUAAUAUCCAGUUCCA